UCUGUCUCAGCCAGAACUGCAGCGAUUGAUUGCAAGGUACAGGAGGGCUUUGGUCAGUUCUUUCAUCUGGAGAACCCCAGGACAACAGAGCAGCCCAGCAGAUGGUGCGGUGGCAUGGCUGGGGCAACGGCUCUGCAUGCGACAGAACUGGGGGAGCUCUGUUCUCCCGGGUAUCCCCAGACCACCCCCACCCUCAGGAUUCUCCCCUCUUUCCUAUCCUGGCCCCAAGGGAAGCUCACAUCUCACCCCUACUUGCUUGCUGGAGGAGGCAGUGAUCAGCAGCCACCAGGAGGUCUUAUUGACCCCAACUGCGCAUCUGAGCGUUCUGCGCCGCAAGUACGGAAGUCAAGCAAGUACGCUGUCAUCAAAACCACAAGAGAAGGCUUGGGGCAACAAGCACGCUUCUGGGAGUGGGGACCUCAGACCCGCAACCGGGGGGUUGCUGCUGGGGGGCUGUUUGAGAUGCUCGGUGUGGAUUUUGGACGCCAACAUGGAAUGAAGGUGGCGGUGGUGCUCACGGGGCAGCUUCUGGUUUUCUUUGUGAAAGCAUGGGCGCAGCAGGACCAGAUGCACGUGGAAGGGCUUAGCGGGGGGGUGGCCUACCUCAUCCCCAGCACCCAGGGCUCCUUCCACAAAGUUGAGUGGCGCUUCGGCAAGGAUCUGAAAAUUGCCAUCCAUGAGAGGGGGGAGAAGGUCCGCUACCCCAACGGCCCUUACAAGGGCCGCCUGGAACUCUUCUCCAACAACACCUUGAGGAUGGACCACCUGAGGAAAAACGACAGCAACACCUACUGGGUGUAUAUGGAGGAUGGUGUGGGCAUAGAGCACCCUGAAAGCAUCCGACUGCAGGUGUAUGAUGCGGUCCCCAAACCCACCAUAAAUUUCAUGGUGGAUGAGAGCAACCCGGAGAGCUGCAAAGUCACGCUGAAUUGCUCGGUGGGGCUGGAGGAUGUCACUUAUGAGUGGUUGCCUCCCAUGAGGAUCACAUCAAAUGGAGGCAGUGAGCUGUUCCUCUCCUUCAGCCCCUUGAUGGAAGUCUACACCUGCGUAGCCAAGAAUCCCGUCUCCUCCAACAGCUCUAGGCUGAUCCACAGGCAUCCCUGCUCCUGGGAAGCUGAGUCCUCUGCUGCCACUACCUCCAUCAAGACCAGCGUGCUGGUGUCCCUCGGAUGUCUCCUCCUCCUCCUCCUCACUCCGCCUUAAUGAUGCAUCACAGUUGAUGCCUAUCCUCCUCCCACUGAGGGACCAGCGUGGAUGCAGCACUCUGACCAUUGAGGGACUGCAGUUCUCCGGGAAUCCAUCACAACCAGCACCCAGGACACACACUCCAGUGACCCCACGUGCUGUGCCGACAUCUCAACCUUUGCUAUGCAACCGUGAACGGUUUCUCAUGGGCAUUCCAUAUCAUGACAACUGUUAGAGCUGGGAGGGCUGCCAGAGAGCUGCAAUCUUCCUUAAAUGUCUGGCAAAACUGUCAGUGCACCAUAGGUGUUCAGCAGUGAUAUGUUAUCCCAAACAUUGUGCCCCACAUUGGGUGCCAUUGGGCCACACUGGAAUCUUUUGUCCCACGAUGGGGUGGGGGGUUUGACUGAGAUAAAGAGAAACUAGUUUAUGAGAACUGGUAAAGGAACGUGAGGUGAUACGGUAUAAAAGGAAUCAAGGGUAAUAAAUCAAAUGAAGGAGAGAGGGACAUGAGCUUCUAACCACGCUGUGGGAUGGCAGUACAGUCAGAAGGAGAUCCUUGUUUGUCACUUCUCCCCCCCUCGGAAACUACAUGGGAAUGACCAGAGCUGAUAGGAGCUGUAGCUUACAGCUCUCGGGAGCCAAGAAACACAGCCCUCCCAGCUUUGACAGUUCAUGACAGUUCACUGCAGGAUGUCAGAUAUGGAAUAUCAAUGAAAACCCGUGACAGCCACAACGAUGCUGUGAGAACACCAGCAAAACAAAUCAAUAAAUUGAUGGUUAACUGCUCAAAA